AUGGCUAGACUGUGGUAUAAACUGAUGAGAUUGCAAGCUCCCCUAAGUAGACUGAGAAAACAGUUUUCAAACCUCCAGCAGACCAUUGUCCAAGCAAGGAAUGAUUUAUUACAAACCCAGGAAAGUCUCAUAAUGGACAGAAUGAAUACUGAGUUCAUUGAGAAAGUUAAAACCUGUACUGAUGAAUUGACCCAUCUGCAAGAACUUCAGGACCAAAUGUUGAGACAGAGGACAAAGAUUAAUUGGCUUAGAGAAGGCGAUACGAAUUCAUCUUUCUUCUAUGCUUACCUCAAAUCUAGGACUACAACAACAAAUAUUAGCCAACUCUAUAAAGAUGAUGGUACCUGUAUUCACAACCAGGAAGACAUAGAAAAAGAGGUGUGUGAGUUUUAUGGAAAAUUGAUGGGCACAAGGGAACCUAGAAUAAAUAUGAUUGAUAUUGUCAUGAGGGAGGGGCCUCAACUGUCCAUGGAACAAAGAGCUGGUCUAAUUUCACCAGUGUCUGUUACUGAAAUCACUAAUGCCUUAAAAGGGAUAGGUGACCUUAAGAGCCCAGGUAUAGAUGGUUACGGAGGAAAAUUUUUCAAAGCCAGCUGGGAGAUUGUUGAUAAAGAUGUUAUUGAAGCUGUUACAGAAUUCUUUGAGCAGAAUGUGAUUUAUAAAGCUUUCAAUGAAACAAUUGCUACUCUUAUUCCUAAACAGCCGGAUGCCAAAACCUUGAAAGAUUACAGGCCAAUUGUUGGAUGCUCAACAAUCUACAAAAUCAUAUCCAAGAUCCUCACAACCAGACUUGGGAAGGUGUUGGGUAACAUCAUCAGUAAAGCGCAGGCAGCCUUUGUUCCAGGUCAGAAAAUCCAUUCUCACAUCCUACUAGCUAUGGAACUUUUAAAAGGUUAUAAUAGGAAUACUGGUACUCCUAGAUGCAUGGUACAAUUAGAUCUCCAAAAAGCUUAUGACAUGGUUGAUUGGGGUGCUCUUGAAAAUAUUCUUAGUGAAGUAGGAUUACCUAAGAAAUUUGUUGAUUGGAUUAUGACCACCGUGACUACAGUUUCUUAUAGAUUUAAUAUCAAUGGCAAGUAUACUGAUAAGAUCAAUGCUAGAAGAGGUAUUAGGCAAGGGGACCCCUUAUCCCCUUUCCUGUUUGUAAUAAUUAUGGAAUAUCUCAGCAGAUUACUUUUCAGAAUGCAAAAGAAUCCUGAUUUCAACCACCAUGUUAAAUGUGAAAGGCUGCAAAUCACCCACUUAACCUUUGCUGAUGACCUCUUGCUGUUCUCUAGAGGUGAUCAUAUGUCCAUGGAUAUUCUACAAUUAACUUUGAACAAGUUUCUGGAUUCUACAGGUUUGAAAAUAAACCCUUCUAAGAGUAGGGUGUAUUUUGGUAAUGUUUCCGAAAAUGUCAAAUGUGCCAUCCUCCAGCUAACCUCCUACAAAGAAGGGUCUUUCCCCUUUAGAUACCUUGGUAUUCAGGUGACUAGUAAGCGUCUUGCUGUUAUCCAUUACAUGCCGUUAUUGGACAGGUUAUUAAGUAGGAUAACUCACUGGAGUUCUAGAUUGCUGAGUUAUGCAGGUAGGCUGCAACUCAUCAAGAGUGUGCUCUAUGCCAUCACAACCUAUUGA